AUGGAUGAUAACUCAUCGAGUUGUACUCGUGCUCACCAGAGCUCCAGAAAUGCAAGUUCUAUUUACUCCGCCCCUUGCCCUAGAACCAAGCGCCGAACAACCUCUCACUCUCUCAAGCCCUCAACAAAACGCGAGCAUGCCCCUGAUACUGUCGAAUCUUCGAUAAAAUGCCGCAAAAGUUCAUCGCGCGCUGGGAGCAGUGAGAUUCUCCUGGGGCACAUAGCUUCCCACAAAGGUACACCAUCUCCAUCCUCUCCGGCUACGGCUGUCCCAGUGGAGAGCGUCUUGUGUGAUAAAGCACCCGAGCCCGACUCUUUACCGAUUCAUAAUCCACCUGAAACCUCCCGGCCAUUGGAAGAAAUGGCUCAAGCCAUAGUCCCUUCCCAUGAAAAUGAAUUGGAUGACUUUGGCUCAGAGCCGCUACCCAAAGCUCCCAUAUAUGACCAUGGUCUCCAACGUGGCCUCCGCGAUGUCAGGAAGCAACUUGCUCGGCUUUUAAAUACAAUGAGUCUUGAGGUUGUGAGUGAUCAAAGUUCGAACCUCAAGGAACUGAAAGAUGAGACAGAGAAAUUGGCCAAUUUCCAGUACCCGAACUCUCGGACUGUUGGGUUUAUUGGGACUUCUGGUGAAGGAAAGAGUUCCCUCAUCAACUCUUUACUGGACCAACCAAAUAUAGCUCGGGCAAGUGCAAGUGGUACUGCAUGCACCUCUGUGGUCAUAGAGUUUUGUUAUGUGAGUAACAGCCACCCUCAGCCAUACACCCUGGAAGCUUUCUUCAUGAACUCGGAGGAAAUAAGAGAGCUUCUUGAAGAGCUAUUGCGAAGCUUCCGGUUGUACCGCUGUGAAUCCUCUUUCAAUGAUAUUGGAUCAAUCGACGAGAAAGAAAGCCUGAUGGAUGCGGCCGAUCGCGCCGAGGGGACCUUGAAAUCUUUGUUCGAGAGUCAGCCUGAUUGGGGCUUGGAUUUUCUUCGAGAUGAGAGUGAGGGAGCAGAGAAAGCCAUUCUGGUAAAGUUGGAAGGGUGGGCUCUUGCCGAGGUAUCUCGCAGACCAGGCAGUCACGAUUCUCUGGUUUAUACCGUCGUCUCAGAUAAUCUCAAGGGAUGCAUAGAACAGCUUGAUUAUUUGGCAGCCGAUUCGCACACAGGUGGUGGGCCUGUUUUUUGGCCAUUUACCAAACUCUUGAGGGUCUAUCUCAAAUCACCUAUCUUGCGCACUGGACUGGUGAUAGCAGAUUUACCAGGCUUUCGAGACCUCAACUAUGCAAGAGUUCGGGCGACGAACAAAUAUUUGUCGCACAGUUGUGACGAGAUUUUCAUCGUUUCGAGCAUUGCUCGAUGCUGCUCUGACCGAUCCAUCCCUGAUAUUAAGGGUAGAUGUGCAGACAAACCAUAUCACAUCGUCUGCACCAGAUCUGAUGCCAUUUAUCCCGAGGAAGAGGCUCGGGGGGAGGGCACAUAUGCUGAAGAAAUUGGUUUGAUGAACGACGAACUCGACGAACUCAAUGACCAGUUGAGCGAAGUUCGUCUUUCAAGUCGCAUGAACAUGGAGGAAGCCAUGAGGGGCUUUGAACUGAUGAAUCAGAUUGAGGACCUUGACUUUGAGCGGAAAAGAAUCAUGAUCACCACACGAAAUGAUCGAGUCAAACGGAAUCUAAGCCAGAGCUAUCCUGAAACGGGAGUUUUAUGUGUCAGCAAUUCGCUCUACAAAACUUACUGCGGCGGCGAACAACGUCUAGCCGAUGCGUACAUUGAUUUGAGUGGGAUCCGUGAGCUUCGGGAAUAUUGUCGAUUGAUCCCCGCGGCAAUCCAGCUAAGCAUGACAACGGCAUACCUCAAUCAUCAGAUUCCAGCCCAUCUAGGAUCUGUUCGCCAGUGGGCUUUGGCUGGUGCUGAUUCCGUCAGCACCAAUGAAGCUCCCGCUCUUCGUGCAGUUCUUUCAAAAGUUGCGGCCAGUCUUCGAAAGGGCUAUGUUGAUCCUGUGCAACGCAACCUGAAUACGUUAUUUGAUGGUGAUAUCCUGCAAAAGAUUAACGCCCUGACAUCAGCAAUAGGGCUGUCGCAGGACACCUGGACAUCGCAGUGUGCCAAGUUAUGUGAAGAUUGGUACAAGUGGCAUCACUCUACCAUUGGUACAUUUGUUCGACACAAUGGAGAUUGGAAAACCCGAGCUGUGGGUUACCGCUGCUGGAAUAAGGAGCUGAUCGCCAAACCUGGGGCAGAAUUGAUCCCGCACUGGCAAAAUAUUCAUCAGUGGCUGAAAUCCCAAAGCGAGAUCCUCAACAAGUCGAUCUGCAACAGCAUUCAGCAAGUCUGCACUUUGCUUCGACAAAAUUUGCACCAUGCUCCCCAAUCAUUGGGAAAUCUUCUCUCCGUCAUGGAAUCCAGGCAACAGAAUAUCAGCUACGUGGUUCAAUGUCAUAUCCUGGAAAUCAGCAGAAGCACAAAUGCCACAAUGCGAGACAUGUCGGAUGGCUAUGCCAGUUCUUUCAUGGCAGAUCUUAUGCGUCCUGCCUAUCUGGAAUGCACCAAGACCACAGGAACGGGCUGCACUCUUAAGCGCAAAGACAUUAUAUCCAACCAUGUGCAAACCUCGCAACUCUUCGUCCAGUAUCAUGACCGUGCAAAAACAGACUAUGCUAAAGUCUUGAAGGGACAUUUUGAUUCCCUUCAGAAAGGUAUUGCUGCCGAAUUGGAGAAGAUCGAACGAGAUUUGAACUCAGUGAUAGGUGGAGAAGAGGGAAUCCUGGAAGCUCACCAAAAACCAUCGCUGAAUGAACAGGUCAUUUUGGAAAUCGAAUGUGUGCAGGCAGUUCUUGAUAGGGCGCAAUUUGAUUUAGUGGAGGCGACGAGUCGUUUUUGA